CCGCCCGGUGCCGCCAUAUUUUGGCCGCCGCCGCCACCACCGGAGCCGCCGCCGCCGCCGCCGCGAUGGAAAACUAUCGAAUGAAGAGCUACAAGAACAAAGCCCUGAAUCCUGAGGAGAUGCGCCGGAGGAGAGAGGAGGAGGGGAUUCAGCUGCGCAAACAGAAACGGGAGCAGCAGCUCUUCAAAAGGAGGAAUGUGGAGCUGAUCAGUGAAGAUGAUUCCAUGUUUGACAGUCUCCUGGUGGAUUCCUACGUCACUUCCACAACGUGUGGGGAGGGAUUGAUCACAGGAGAGAUGGUGGAGAUGCUUUUCUCAGAUGACCCUGACCUACAGCUAGCAACCACUCAGAAAUUCAGGAAAUUACUCUCCAAAGAGCCAAAUCCUCCAAUAGAUGAGGUGAUAAACACUCAGGGAGUGGUGGAGAGAUUCGUGGAAUUCCUGAAAAGAAGUGAAAAUUGCACAUUACAGUUUGAGGCUGCGUGGGCCCUGACGAACAUCGCCUCGGGGACUUCCCAACAAACCAAAAUAGUCAUCGAGGCUGGGGCAGUUCCCAUCUUUAUAGAGCUCUUAAACUCUGACUUUGAGGAUGUUCAGGAGCAGGCUGUCUGGGCGUUGGGGAACAUUGCUGGAGACAGCUCUGUGUGUAGAGAUUAUGUCCUGAACUGUGCCAUUCUUCCUCCCUUACUCAUGCUCCUCACCACGUCCACCAGGCUGACAAUGACACGAAACGCUGUCUGGGCCUUGUCCAACCUGUGCAGAGGGAAGAGCCCACCUCCUGAAUUUGAUAAGGUGUCUCCCUGCCUGCCAGUGUUGUCCCGAUUGUUGUUCAACAGUGACUCUGACCUGCUGGCAGACGCGUGCUGGGCUCUGUCCUACCUGUCCGAUGGUCCCAACGAGAAGAUCCAGGCUGUGGUGGACUCAGGGGUGUGCAGGAGGCUGGUGGAGCUCUUAAUGCACAACGAUUACAAAGUGGCCUCUCCAGCUCUGCGAGCAGUCGGCAACAUCGUGACAGGGGAUGACAUCCAGACCCAGGUGAUUCUAAACUGCUCAGCCCUGCCUUGCCUCCUCCAUUUAUUGAGCAGUCCCAAGGAAUCCAUCAGGAAAGAGGCGUGCUGGACCAUAUCCAACAUCACAGCAGGGAACAGAGCACAAAUCCAGGCAGUCAUAGAUGCCAACAUUUUCCCGGUGCUGAUCGAAAUCCUGCAGAAAGCGGAAUUCCGCACGAGGAAAGAGGCAGCCUGGGCCAUCACCAACGCCACCUCAGGAGGGACCCCCGAGCAGAUCAGGUACCUGGUGAAUUUGGGUUGUAUCAAACCUCUGUGUGACCUGCUGACUGUCAUGGACUCCAAGAUUGUUCUGGUGGCAUUGAACGGGCUGGAAAACAUCCUGAGGCUGGGAGAGCAGGAAGCCAACCAGAGUGGGACUGGGAUCAACCCCUACUGCAGCCUGAUUGAGGAGGCCUAUGGUUUGGAUAAAAUAGAAUUCCUCCAGAGCCACGAGAACCAGGAGAUCUACCAGAAAGCCUUUGAUUUGAUUGAGCACUACUUUGGGGUGGAGGACGACGCGGCCGUGGCUCCCCAGGUGGACGAGAACCAGCAGCAAUACAUCUUCCAGCAAGCCGAGGCUCCCAUGGAAGGAUUCCAGCUAUAAUCCUGGGGGGAAACCCUCCAAAAAAAACCACACAAAAAAAACCCCACAAAAACAACAAAACCCCACCACAAACUCUCUGGGAAGUUUGGGAGAGCAGCUGUUGGUGCUGGCUGGGAAGGUUUGGACAGCCACUCCACACCUGUUUGGGAAAGCUCUACAACUGCGGAGAGCGCCCGGUGCUCCCGGAGAGAAGGGGAAUUUCUGCUCCUGGUUCCUUUGGGCUGCUGCUCACCUUGGCUUUGGAGGCAGGGAGGACACAGAGGUGACAGGUGGCACCUCUUGGUGGCUUCUUCUUUGUGGUGGUGUCUCCCCAGUGCAGUUUUUACCUCCAGCCUUGGGUUGGGUGAGGACACAGAGAGGAGGGAGCUGUUCUGGCCACAGUAAUUCUGCAAAACCUGGCUUGAUUUAUUUAAAUUUUCUUUUUUUUUUUUUUUUUUUUUUUUUUUGCACAUGUUACUCUUUAUUAAAGACUCUUUAAUAUGCCAAGAGCAAAAUUUAGCCCUGGCCUUUCCUCAUUCAGGUGGACAGUCCUGGUGAACCCAGGGCCAGUUCCCUGAUGAAAAAUACUGAAAAUGGACAGAAAAAAUGAGAAGUUUUCUCACUGCUGGGAAGUUUUUUUUUUUCUGCUGCUUCCCUUUGUCUAGAUUUAUUUUUUUUUUUUGAUUUUUUUUUUUAAGAACUGCUAGUGGUAUUUCCAAGGAUUAAAAACAACAACAACAAAAAAAAAAAAAGCAACAAGAGCCCAAAGAUGGGAACUGGGGUGGAUUUUUUUGGAGCAGGAAGCACAGCUGCUGUUGCACAGGUUUGGUUUGCAUUGUACUGACUGAUCUCAGAGCUCUGAAAUGCUGAAACCCACCUUCAUCUUUACUUGAAAUACUUUAUUUGCCAUGAGAAACGUGGGCUGAAUUCUGGGUUUUUUCCUGCCUUGGGGUGGUUUGGGGGUGGAGGAAGAUUUUGGCUCCACCUGCCAGCGGUGAUGGGAGCUCCAACAGCACCAGGUUUUCAGGUUUACCUCCUGCUCACAGUCAGAUAAUGCACAUUUUACUUCCAAAACCGGCAAAUCUCUGUAUUUUUUUAUAUCAUAGAUAGGGAAAUAUUUGUCUAAUCGGGCCACAGAGGAAAACUACAUAUGAAAUUGCUGUGAUUCCUCUAAAGAAGCACUGUGAGGCAGGCACACCUGGAAACCCCCGCGCUCACGGGUGUCCUGCCGCUCCUCCUGCCGGUGAACGCGCAGCUCCCCGAGCCCCCGCGGCGCUUGUCGAGCGCCUUUGCCGCGAUUCCGGUAAAAAAACAGAGGAGCAAACACCCGGUGCUGGGCUGCGGGGCCCUUGUUGUGGAACGAAUAAACUCCACCUGUGCAGGUGUCCGGCUGUGGCGUGAUGGGGGUACCGGGGGGUGCUCGGUGACCUUGGCAGGGCCCCCGGGA